GUAUCAUCAUUUAAUAUGGAGCGUUGGCAGAAGAAAGUCGCCGUUGUGACCGGUGCUAGUGCUGGAAUUGGAGCUGCUUGUGCCAAGGCCCUUACAGCAGCAGGUCUGAUUGUUGUUGGUUUGGCUCGACGGGAUGAAAGGGUGCGAAAACUAGCCGCGGAUCUGCCAGGAGCUGUCCAGAAGAAUCUACAUGCUAUUAAGUGUGAUUUAACCAAAGAAGAUGACGUCAUGAAAGCCUUCGAAUGGACCGAGAAAAAUUUCGGAGGUGUUGAUGUUCUGGUGAAUAAUGCUGGAGUCAUUGAAACAACUCAACUAAGCAAACGUAACAAUACCAAAGAAAUUCGACAAACAAUCGAGACGAACUUAAUGGGAGUUGUGUAUUGCACAAGAGAAGCCUUCAACUCUAUGUUGGACAGAAAUGUUGAGGGUCAUAUUGUGAUUGUGAAUAGUGUCGCUGGACAUCAGGUUCCUAAUUUAGGACCUGAUUUGCCAUCCUUAAAUGUCUAUCCAGCGACAAAAUUUGCACUUAGAGCUAUGACCGAAAUUUAUCGACAAGAAUUUCUUAAAAAUAAGUCUAAGGUUCGAAUAACGAGUAUAAGUCCUGGGAUUGUGAAUACAGACAUUCUUCCGACAGAAAUUCAAACCGUUGUUAAGCAAUUUAUGCCAAUGCUCAGUUCUGAAGAUGUUGCCGAUGCUGUUUUGUAUGCGAUUUCAACACCGGAUAAUGUACAGGUUCACAAUAUAAUUAUCAAACCAAUGGGAGAGAAGUUCUAAGAAAAGAAAAGAAAUCAUACUACCGUAGCUAAAAGCAAUUUUUUCCAAUAGGUUUCAGGAUAAUUUCGUGCACCUGGAUAAAUAAAUUAAAAAGAAAUAAAAACAUAAAUUUAAUAA